UUUUUCUCUAGAUCUUAACGAUAUACAGUCCAAUUCUACAACAAAUUUUCCAAGUAAAUUUAAAAUAGAAAUUUUUUUUUUUUUUUUGAUUAUUACUAUAACGAUGCCACACUGCGGACCGCGCCCCAAAAAACCCGUGAAUGCAUUCUUAAUGUGGAUAAAUUCCGCCGGGCGCAAUUACAUAAGAGCGAUGCAUCCCGGGAUCAGUCCCCAGGAAGUGUUAAUGAAGGGCAGUGAGAUGUGGAGAGCCAUGGUCGAUGAGGAGAAGGUCGUGUGGCAGGAGGCGGCACGCACGGCAAUGGCCGAUUACAAGAAGAAAUUGGAGAAGUGGAAUACACACAAAGAGCAGUCGGAGAAAACUACCCAAACGGAUGAGACGGUGGAUCGAUCUGCAUGAAGUGCGUUUAAACGUAAACGUUUUGUUGGGUCAUGCAGCCGCCAAAACUG